AUGUUGAGAGAUGUGAGAAGAUCUUCUCAUGACCCCAUGGAACACAAUCUAAUCGUUAUGCUGUUUUGGCUGGUGGUGCUGCUCUGCAGCUCUGCUGAAGGUAGCAUUCUGUACCGGGUCCAAGAGGAGCAACCUCCCAACACUCUUAUUGGUAGUCUGGCCGCAGACCAAGGGCUGCCAGACUCAGGUCAUCUAUACAAGCUGGAGGUCGGUGCCCCUUAUCUACGUGUUGAUGGAAAGACCGGAGAUAUUUUCACCACAGAGAUCCCCAUCGACAGAGAAACGCUGCGAGACUGCCGCUUGCUUGUUAGGGGAAAACCCUGCUACCUGGAAUUUGAAGUAUCUGUAACUGAUCUGAUACAGAAUCAGAGCCCGAGACUUAUUGAAGGACGCAUCGAAGUACAGGACAUCAAUGACAACACUCCCCAGUUCCCUUCUUCUGUGCUGACAAUAUCGGUCCCUGAGAACACAAUCAUGGGGGCGCUGUUUGCCAUACCGUUAGCAACUGAUAGGGAUACAGAUAGGAAUGGCGUGAGUGAUUAUGCCUUGACAGCAGGACAAGAUGCAACAACGUUGUUUGGUUUGCAAGUGGCUGAUGACAGGGGUGGCAAACUACCACAGCUAAUUGUUCUGGGCAACUUAGAUCGGGAGUUCAAGGAUUCCUAUGACCUGACCAUCAAGGCUGUGGAUGGAGGAAACCCACAGCGCUACAGCAGCGCUUUGCUGCGAGUGGUCGUCACUGAUGCCAACGACAAUUCACCCAAGUUUGAAAAAUUAACAUAUGAAGCAGAAGUGUUGGAGAAUAGCCCAGUUGGACAUUCUGUACUUCAGGUCAAAGCAAAUGACUCAGAUAUGGGCCCUAAUGGAGAAAUUGAAUACACGCUUCACCAAGCAGGAGACCCCGUGCCGAAAUUCUUACGAAUCGAUCGCUCCACCGGUAUCAUUUAUGUCAAAGGACAACUGGACAGAGAAGAGAUUGACAGCUUGUCUUUCUACGUGGUAGCAAGGGAUAAGGGUCCUCAACCAAAGAGCUCCAAGACGUUUGUCACUAUUGAGGUGACUGACCAAAAUGACAAUCCUCCAGCUGUGGAGAUACGUGGAAUCGGUCUUGUGACUCACAGCGAUGGAAUCGCUAACAUUUCAGAAGACAUGCCCGUGGGAACAGCUGUUGCUUUGGUGCAAGUAUCUGACAAGGAUGAGGGAGGGAACGCAGUCGUCACAUGCGUGGUUGCGGGCGAUGUACCCUUCCAGCUUCGUCCAAUCAGCGAUUCGUCCAGUGACAACAAGAGGAAAUAUUUCCUACAAACCACUACUCCUCUUGACUAUGAAAGGGUUAAUGACUAUCGAGUGGAGAUAGUAGCUGUAGAUUCUGGAAAUCCAGCACUCUCUAGUACCAACUCAUUGAAGGUGCAGGUCACUGACGUCAAUGACAACUCUCCAGUUUUCUCCCCAACCUUGUUUGAGGUCGAUUUUGCGGAAGAAAACAAACCGGGGGAAAAAGUUCUGGAUGUUGUAGCGUCAGACGCAGACAGCGGCACAAAUGCUGAGCUUGUCUACAAUAUUAUGGCGGACUCAUCCAUCAAGGGACUGUUUGAGAUUGAUCCAAACACAGGGGAAGUCAGAGCCAGGAAUCCGCUCGAUCGAGAACACAAAGAGCACUAUGAGUUCCGGGUCACUGCAGCUGAUAAAGGAUCACCUGUCCAUAAAGGAACGGCAAGUGUUGUCAUUAAGGUCCUGGACCGCAAUGACAACGACCCGAAGUUCAUGCUUAGUGGCUACAGCUUCUCGGUAUUGGAAAACAUGCCUCCCCUCAGCCCGGUUGGAAUGGUAACAGUCAUGGACAUUGAUAAAGGUGAAAAUGCUCAAGUUCGUCUCUCCGUAGAACCCGAUGGAGGCAAAUUUGUUGUUCAAAACGGAACUGGCACCAUUCUAUCAAGCAUAUCAUUUGAUAGGGAGAAAGAGAGCAGCUACACUUUCCGUCUAAAAGCAGUAGAUGGAGGGCAACCAUCUAGGUCUUCUUAUGUGGGUGUUACCAUUAAUGUACUGGAUGAAAAUGACAAUGAUCCUGUUGUUACAAAGCCUUCCAAUUCUUCAUUCAGGCUUUUGUCACCCUUCGCAUCUCCUGAGAGUCACGUGGAGAUGGUAGAGGCUGAAGAUCUGGACAGUGGGCCCAAUGCUGAGCUGAUCUUCCACAUCGCAGGCGGUAACCCUUACCAGUUAUUUCGCAUCUCACCAUCCAGUGGAGAGAUUACUCUUGCAAAGGAGAUGGCUCCAAAAUACGGCGGACUUCAUCGUCUGGUGGUAAAAGUGAGCGACAGAGGGAAGCCGGCACGUCAUGCCACUGCCUUGGUCCAUAUCUACGUCAAUGAAACCAUUUCAAAUGUCACCUUAGUGGAGGCUCUAGUAGGACACAGUCUAUACACUCCACUAGACAGGGAUAUCGCUGGAGAUCCAGACAACGGCUUUGCCGUACAGCGGGGCAACAUUUUGUUUGGAAGCCUUGCCGGUGUGGCGGGUGUUGUCAUGCUUAUAUUGGUGGUUGUUUUCAUCCGCCACCGCAUCCAAACAGAAACAAAGAGUGGAUAUCAACCGGGCAAGAAGGAAACAAAGGACUUGUACGCACCCAAACCCCCACCGAAAAAUGCCAAAGGUAAACGAGGUAGGAAAGGAAAACCUCAGAAAUCUCCAAAGCCACUUGGGGAAGAAGAGGAAGUUAGCCUCCAAAAAAGCCUCAAGUUCAACCUUGAUGCAGUCAAUGAUAGCCCGAGGAUACAUCUGCCCCUGACUUACUCACCAGAAAGCCCUGACAUAGGCCGACACUACCGCUCCAACUCCCCGUUGCCCUCCAUUCAGCUGCAGGCCCAGUCUCCCUCUGGCUCACAAAAACAUCAGGCGGUGCAGGAUCUUCCGGCUACCAACACAUUUGUAGGGACUGGAGGAGAUGACAACUCCACUGGAUCAGACCAGUACUCUGAUUACAGCUACAAGACCAGUCAACCCAAGUACAACAAACAGCAUCCCCACCGCCGAGUGACCUUUUCCACUGCAAACCCUGUGCAGGACCUGCAGGACACCUCUCAGCACAGUUACUAUGACAGCGGCUUGGAAGAAUCCGAGACACCCAGCAGCAAGUCAUCAUCUGGCCCUCGCAUUGGACCUUUGACCCUGCCUGAAGACCACUAUGAGCGAACCACUCCAGAUGGCAGCAUUGGAGAGAGCGAACACCCUGAAAACGACAUUCGCUCGCUGCCUGAUGUGGCGAUGACCGGAAACUGUACGACUGAGUGCAGCGAAUUGGGCCACUCAGAUGCGUGUUGGAUGCCUGGGCAUCCCUCUCCUGUACGCAGGAGCAGGAACCCCCCCAAACUCUCCACCUUUGUGCCUUACCAGGAAAGAGGGAGUCUGGGACGUCUGGCAAAUGGCGGCGCCAUUCUGGCUGGCGAAGAGCACCGCUCUCGCCUCCCGCCCUCUCGCAGUGCCUAUUCUAGCAGCGGUCACGAUGCCGGUCAGGACUGCCCCUUGGAGGAGAUGCCCCUGAGCGUAACCUCCGAGUUCCCUCCCACCUCGCCGUCUGUCCUCACUCCGAAAAGAGAAAUCUAUCUGUGA